UCUGGGACCCUUGACUUUCUACCUUCCGGCCUGCGUUUUACCUCAGGCUCGUUGUGCCCGGAGUCUUUCCGAAGGAAAGUAUACGUCAGCACGUCUCGGCGUGAGACGGCGACAUUCCGACGCGUUAGAAAGCUUCCGGCGGAGGCUGGACGUUGGUGUCCCGUAUCUGACACCUUGUUGCGCUCGAAGCUGAGCGAGCUCCGGAGGUGUUGGGAGGAAUUCCAGUAUUUGCUGCGGUAACCUCAUCAGCCCGCCAAGAUGGCGAUGCAAGCGGCCAAGAGGGCGAAUAUUCGACUUCCACCUGAAGUAAACCGGAUUUUGUAUAUAAGAAAUUUGCCAUACAAAAUCACAGCUGAAGAAAUGUAUGAUAUAUUUGGAAAAUAUGGACCUAUUCGUCAAAUCAGAGUGGGAAACACACCUGAAACUAGAGGAACAGCUUAUGUGGUCUAUGAAGACAUCUUUGAUGCCAAGAACGCGUGUGAUCACCUGUCAGGAUUCAAUGUGUGUAACAGAUACCUCGUGGUUUUGUACUAUAAUGCCAACAGGGCAUUUCAGAAGAUGGACACAAAGAAGAAGGAAGAACAGUUGAAGCUUCUCAAGGAGAAAUAUGGCAUCAACACAGAUCCACCAAAGUAAAAGUUUUCUGCAUUUUCAUUUUGGACUAAGACCCAUGAGUGGCAACCACUUACCCUUUUUAUGUUUUUAAUUAAUACUGAAUAUUGUGAUUUCUUAUUUGAGAUUCAAAAUGACCUGCUUGAAACUUUGAUAUAUGUUAGAAUAUAUUAUGUUAAUAAACCUGUAGCUUACCGUAAAA